AUGGUUGCCACAACGUCGGGGACCAGCAGCCCGGGCCGAGAGGCGGCUAUCGGAUUUGCCGAGGAGAACGAUCGGCAAGAUGAGACUACGGCUCUCCUUGGAUCUCAAAAGUCCAAGAGUAACGAUGUUCGCAUAUCGAGCACUUCGUAUGGCUCAUCACCAGAAGAUGGCGGUGAUUCCACAGAGGAGGAUGAAAAACCUCUACCAACGACCCAAAUUCUGUUGCUCUGCUAUGCUCGGGCGAUAGAGCCGCUGGCAUUUUUCUCCAUUUUCCCGUAUGUCAGCCAAAUGGUCCAGGAGAACGGACAUGUCAUAGCAUCGGAUAUCGGUUUCUACUCUGGGCUCAUCGAAUCCCUGUUCUCUCUGACACAAGCUAUUGUCAUGAUUUUCUGGGGUCGACUAGCCGAUCGCAUUGGACGCAAGCCAGUUCUGGUCUUCUCUUUGAUCGGUGUCACCAUAGCGACUGGUCUAUUUGGAUUGGCGAAAUCGAUCCCACAGAUGAUCCUGUUCAGAUGCAUUGCUGGCGUCUUUGCCGGGACUAUUGUCACCAUCCGAACUAUGAUUGCCGAGCACAGCACGCCGAAGACUCAGGCGAGAGCUUUCAGCUGGUUUGCCUUCAGUGGAAAUUUGGGUAUCUUCCUUGGGCCUCUGUUGGGUGGUGCUCUUGCCAAUCCUGCAGUCCAGUACCCGGGUAUCUUUGGGGGAAUCCGUUUCUUCGAGGACUAUCCCUACGCUCUCUCUAGUUGGGUGGUAGCUUUAGUGGGAGUUACUGCCGCCUUGUCUAGCGCCUUGUUCGUCGAUGAAACAUUAAAGAAGGACCCGACUGCUGCUGACCGCGAUGGUGAAGAGGCCGUCUCUGAACCGCCUGCCCACAGCGAUGACCUUUCCGCAUGGCAGCUCUUGAAGGCUCCAGGGGUAAGCACCGUCAUCUUCAUAUAUGGCCACAUCAUGACCCUCGCUUUUGCCUACACGGCCAUCGUCCCCGUAUUUUGGUACACCCCCGUUGACCUUGGAGGAUUUGGCUUCACGCCCAUGCAAAUCUCCUUGCUCAUGGGCUUGAACGGCGCCGCUCAGGCUGCAUGGUUGCUCCUGGUUUUCCCUCCACUGCAGAAGAGGAUUGGUUCGAACGGAGUGAUCCGCCUUUGCGCCGCUGCCUAUCCUUGUUUUCUUUUGACGAUGCCUGUCGGCAAUAUACUAUUACGGACAGGAACUGAUGCAGCUAUUAAAUCGUUUUGGGUCUUUACACCGGUGGCGUUGGUUUUUGGUUGCGGUGUGAGCAUGUCCUUCACCGCGAUUCAACUUGCCCUCAAUGAUGUGUCACCUUCGCCGCGGGUCCUUGGUACGCUGAACGCUCUGGCUUUGACUGGCAGCAGUGCUCUACGGGCUUUCUGCCCCGCCCUCUUCACCACCCUCUAUGCGCUGGGGGCGAGAACACAGCUGGCAGGAGGCUAUGCUAUCUGGAUAUUCCUAGCUCUUCUUGCUUCUGGUCUGUCGUUCGUAGCGAAAUACUUGCCAGAGCCCAAGCAGGCUCACAAGCGCCGGAGCACCGAAUAA